AUGUCAACCGCUCCAAACCCUAAUUCUCAGAGCGACGAAACUGCUUCAGGAGUCGCCUUAGUGCGUCCCUCGCCAUCGCCUCCAUCAUCCAAUGGGGAUUCUGAGGAACCCAUGUCCCUCAUACAGGCUGCCUUGGUCGAUAAUUACGAUCUAGUGGUGGAGAAACUCGAAACGACCCGGGAUCUCGAGCGUGAAGAGUAUGGAGAAACAGCUUUGUCCAAUGCUUGCAGCUUACGCACCGUCUCCGUUCUCUUAGCUGCUGGGGCCAACAUCAAAAGAAUUUCGCAUCAAGGGCGCCGCGCGCUCGUCGGCCUACCGCCUGAAUGCAGCGACGAAGUACUGUCCACCAUCAGCCCUCAGCAGUUCCUCUCAGACCGCUGCCGUCGCUUCGGGACCAAGAAUCCAGACCACCUCAAUGUCCCCUUCUGGGACGCCAUGAUCCGCUCCGGCGUCAGCGCCUUCGAGGCCGGGCAAUAUUUCGAGCAGAAAUUUGCAGUGAAGAGAGAGUCUUUCUUCAGCCCGGCAACUUGGUGCGCGGAGCGCCACGGGCAGUCUAUUGCACGGCUGCCCGAUGGCCGGGUGAUCCAGGUCGGAGGCGAGCAUGAGGACUCCUACGACCCCGACUUUUGCAUAUACAAUGAUGUUUGGGAACAUCAUAGCGAUGGGAGUUUUGUGGUGUAUAGUUACCCUGAGGACGUCUUCCCCCCGACGGAUAACCACAGUUCGACGUUGAUGGGCACGCAUGUUUAUAUUAUUGGGUGUCAAGGAUAUGGCGAAAAGAGGCGUUACGGGCAUACGCCUGUCUUUAGGCUUGAUACGGCGACAUUUGUCAUUGAAGAGGUGGAGAUGACGGGUGAGGCGCCGGGUUGGAUUUAUCAGCAUGCUGCGGUUGCUGUCUCAGAGCGCGAGAUUUGCGUCUCUGGCGGGAAAGUCAUCAAGAGCGAAGUAGACGAGGGGGAGAAUGACGUUGAGUACAUCUUGGAUGUGUCUGAGUGCAGGUGGAGACGAAAAACGCCAGAUCUGUAGGUAAGCAGGUAGGCAUGAAGUAUUUUUUCGUAGUUGUGGUGAGUUUCCCUUACUGGACGAAAUCUAAGAGAAGAUGAUAGCUCUCCCCAGUCUGAGUUCAAUUUUCUGCCGGUGUGAUAUGUGGCCUAGGAAGUUUACCGAUGGUUUAACUUGAGGAAAAUUUGUUAGGGAGGAGCGGUGAGGGUUACAGCAGGCGCAUGAC